AUACGUCGAAUGGAAACGUAUUGGCCUGGCAACUAAGUGAUUGCGACUUUUGUCAUUACCACCUAGUUGCCAAGCCAAUACAUCGCAAUAUUACGCGCACUAUGCGAAACGUUUGGGAAUCGCAUUCGGUCUAUACGAUCGACAAGGAUGGACGAUGAGCGCGGACAAUGGCCACGGACGCUCGAUUAGUUGAACGUACGGUGAAAGACGAUCUGUUUUGCUCUGUGUGUGUUAUCUGCGCAGUUUCUCUGCCACUCGUGUUACACGACUCGUGGCAUUUUUACGAACGCUGGCAAAAUGUAGAAACCACAAACGCCACAAACGAGUCAGGUAGUUUCUAAGAAUUGACGGAAGGCAAUGGUUACAAAAGAAGGGAGGAAAAAUGCUGACCAAAAGGUAAAUCCCAUUCGGUUUAUCCACACAAAGAGACCAAUGGACGGCAGUAUUUUCGACUAAGCGUUUCGCGGUUAGCGAAGAGAGCUGUGGUAGCCUUUUGGCUAGCAAUAUCGCGAAAUUAACGUAUAACCGGUAAUUGGACGGAAUAUCCCUUUAACGAUUUCACGAUCGCGUCCUACCUUGUCCGGCUGUUAAGCCUCCUCGUUUGAAAUUUAAGGAGGAGAAGUUAAGGAGGGCUGCCACCGUGGUUGCUUGUGCCGCUGCCGAGGCAUUUAAGGACGAAGCACGAGAACCACGAAAAAGGGGGUGGGAGUGAUCCGUCUGUUUCUCUCUUUGUCUCUCUCGCCCACUUUCUCGUUCUUGCUCGCUCUCGGUCGUUUCUGUUCGUUGCACGGAAUCAAAGGGCCGCUCGUUGCACCUGUUCUCUCCCUCGUAGUUGUACGAGCCACGUUGGUUGGCGUUGCGAGAGAAAAGGAACGAGCUGUCCGUGUUGUGCUCGCUCCGUCGUUUCUUCUUUCUUUUCUGCGUCUCCCUUUCCACUCUUUUCCCCUUUUUCUCCGGACCUUGGCCAUACUGUUGAUUCAAGGCUCUGUCGGUCGUGUCGGUCGGUGGCCGCACUCUCCAUUCCUGCUAUUGGGGCGAGCAUCGAAUUAUCGUUAAACGUCGCUUCUUCCUUCUCGCCGACAGCAGAUGAGACACGAGGAGGAGGACCGCUGCGUGCUGGUUUUGUCGCAUGUGGCAGAAGCAGCCCGUUUUAUUCUCCGAGCAACCGUCGCCUAAUUAUUUUCCGGUACGUGCAAUUUCGAAGGCGCUCGUUAAAUCGAGCUACAGCUACGGGCGGAUCGUCCGUUUCCCGAGAUUCCCGCGAACGCAGUCGUCACGCUGAUAUACACCGCUCGUCCGCGCUCGGACCGCGCGGCUACGGAACCUGAAUACGCGAUGCUAACCGCAAGCAAGUACUGUUACUUCUAACCGAGCUCGGUGGCAACGAUUAGACCGAAGAUUGUAUCCGCUUACGGGGAAUUGAAAAUUACGGAAUUACGAAGUCGCAAAAUCUACACGGUUCAUACAGCGCGGGAAAAUAUGUCAAGUAUGCGAAGCACAUAUUAGGUUGGCAACUAAGUGAUUGCGGAUCUUGUCAUUAGGUGGCAACGAGAAGAUCCGCAAUCACUUAAUUGCCAACCCAAUACGAUGGUAGUUGGAAUAUCUUGUAAUUGAAGGAACCUCUGCUCGCAAAUCUUCUUUUAUAAAAGCAACGAUGGUCCAGUAGAAGAAUAAAGAAAAUAAAUAAAUAAUACAUAUUUCAAUCGCAAUAGAAGAAGAGCGAAAUUGUAUGGAGACCUUUGCCUCUUUGUAUGUCAGUAUGGAAAUUUGAGAUUGUCUACAUUUAAAUCGUGUCUCCUGUUAACUUUGGUAUUAUGUACUGUAUUAUAUAUUAUAUAAUAUACUACAUAUAACAUAUUACAAUGCUCCUAUGAAAGCACCAAUAACGUGUGAAAAUAUCAGAAGCCUAGCAACGAUGGCCCAGUAGAAGAAGAAAUACAAUAAAUAAAAAUAAAAUAGACGAAUAAUGCAUAUUUCAAUUGUAAUGGAAGAAAAUGUGGAAGUUUGAAGUUGUUCCAAUUGUGUCUCCUGUUAGCUUUGGUAUUACUUUGUAUUGGCAACUAAGUGACUGCGGAUUUUGCCAUUAGGUGGUAUUGACAAAAUCCGCAAUCACUUAGUUGCCAACCCAAUAUGACUCAAAAUUAAGGCUAUGGACAUAAACAUUUUUAUUUUUUAUUUUUUUUUUUUGUAUUUAAUUAAAAAGUUUCCUAAGACGGAAAGAAAAUCUAAAUAUUUUGCUUGGCAAUGUACGUACAAUCGUAGGUUGUCAGUGUCCACGUGUGAUCACAGGCACCUGAACGAUCGUGCAAUUGGUUUACUCGUUUGCGGUUUGGUAUUACGAAUUGCUGGUUUACAAACCUGACAUUCGCUCUCUCGUUUGAGGCACGCUGACGUUGAACGAAUAGCGGUACGUACGAGAAGUAAAAAAUACGCCAAAUGUAGAAAUACGAAGCGUAUUUCCGCAGCUCUCUGCCUCCCAUCUUUGCCUAUCUGUGGCAAUAAUUAACGUGAUUACCGAGACUUUAAAAAUCGGAAAAUUACUAAAAUUACUUUCGAUCGUCACGUUGAAAAUGAUCGAAAUCUCAUGAAUAAUUACUAAGAUAUUUUCAAAUUAAUAAUCUUGUGUUAAAAAAUACGCUCAGUCAACGUGAUCCUUAACACGACCUUGUUCACGAUUACGCAGGUGCAUUGACUGUGAUAAACAGCAUUUCGAAAUCGAGCUUAUUUAAAAAAUAUCUCAGAAAUUAUUCCUUUGGAAUCCCAUCUUUUUACGCAAAAUUUGACCAUUUAUUCGAAUUGAAGAAAAAAUAUUUAGACAUUCCAUGAGGACUGCAGGAUUCCAUGAGGAUCCACGAGAUAUUCGAAAACUGAAGGCGACUGUAAUAUCUCGCUACAAAACUAAGGUAACAGAAAACGAACUAGAGCACCGUACGCUGCCCUAGAUACCGUGCAACUUUUAUUUGAAACAUCUUCUCAUACUACUGACGACUAACUUACGAGCUAUUUUAAAUGAUCGCGUUUGAAGACUCAAGCUGAACAAACAGAAAAUUUGGUAGACUUACGUCGUCUUGAUAUAGAUACGAACGAAGCUAAGGCAGUUUUCUAUAAUACCUUCUACGGUAUUCUGUAAACGGAUAGUACUUUCUCGAGUCUCAUAAAAAUACGCCAAUGAGAAGCGAUGGCAGAUAGAAGACGAGUGGCGCGAUCGAACGGCUGACGAUUCGUGGCACCGUCACACUGCGCUGUGAUCGCAAUCACCGCAACGCGACGAUCUGUCGAUGGAGUGCGCCACGUGGUCGAUCUGCGAUCGGCAAACAAACGGACAGAGCGUGCGUGGUUGUGUCGGUGGCGGCGACCCGACGCGUCGGCUGAAUGAGACGGGGUGGACAAAGGCGAAACACGCGGCCAUUCAAAGGUGCCCCGGAGGGACAGAGAGCAAAGUAGAUUCUUACACGGUACGAUCACGGUAGCCGGAAGGGCGCGGAUAGACCGGGAACGCGAUCUUGCCCCCGUAUGGCAGACAGGGACGGAGAAAUAAUUAUAGAGACGCCCCGCCGAUAAAUCAAGAUGCGCGUUUCCUCUCCCCUUCCUUCCUCUUCUUCCUUCUCUACCCUCAGCUGAAUCACAGGCGCUCGGUAUAUUCUCUUCGCCUCUUUUCCUUUCCAAGCUUCUUCUCUCUUUCUCCUCCGCCUCUCAGCUUCCGUCUCCGUCCUUCUGCUCGCUUGCCUCCGUUAAGACGCAUGUUUCGUGCUACGCAGAGCGUACAGAGGGAAAAAGAGAGAGAGAGAGAAUAGUGUCUUUAUUACGCUCCGCGCUGCAUUCUACAGGCUGAUUCAUCUUGCUCGCGGAGCGCGUGCGCGCUGAGGCUGCGCGCUAGUUCACGUGGGCGGCACCAGGCACGGAGAGGGGAGGUCGAGAAACUCGUUGUAAAUGAUUCCGUUCGCAAGGAAACGUUCGGCUAUGAAACUCGCGCGCCUAUGUCUGUAAGAUGGAGACCGCGGUAGGGCGGAAGGUUGCAAAAGGAGUUGACCUACACCUCGGAAGCACUGGGCGAAGCAGCCGCCUCGACGCAUCAGCUGGUGAUUCAAACACCGAGACAUCCCGGGGCGAAUAUCUUGCACCCUGCCGCACUCAAGGAACACUUAGAAAUCCUGAAGGCAGCCACGCAGGUCACCGUACACCUGUUCGACACCGAGUGGAGGCUGAAAGACAUGUGUUACGCGCUGAACAUACCCAACUUCGACAUGCACUACAUCGACCAGAUCUUCGAUAGAAUUAUACCAUGCGCCAUCAUUACGCCUCUCGACUGUUUCUGGGAAGGUAGCAAGCUCUUAGGACCAGACUCUCCUGUGUAUAUACCCGGCACGCAGAUGCACAAGCCAGUGCACUGGACGAAUCUCAAUCCAUUGUGGAUGCUGGACGAGAUGAAGAAACUGCAGUUCAUGUUUCCCUUCAAAACUCUGGAGGACUACAUGAAGAGGGCCGGGAUAACGAACGGCUACCAAAGCAAGCCCUGCCUCGACCCAGCGGACCCUGAGUGUCCGGAAACCGCGCCCAACAAAAAAUCCCAGCAGGUACCAGACAUAGGAGCGGAAUUAACGGGAGGCUGUUACGGUUUCGCGGCCAAAUUUAUGCACUGGCCCGAGGAAUUACUCGUCGGUGGUGCUAAGCACAAUAAGACUGGUCACUUGACCCGUGCAGCUGCGCUUCAGACCGUUGUGCAGCUGAUGGGAGAACGAGAGCUUUACGAUUUCUUCGACAACACCUACAAGGUACAUAAUAUCGACUGGUCCCAGGAGAAGGCAUCGCAAGUACUUAAAACCUGGCAACGAGCGUUCAGCAAUCAAGUGAAGAAGCACCUGGACGCAAAUGGCUCAGCGCCGUACAAUUUGUACGCGUUUAGCACAACCACCAUGAACGACAUACUUGGGAAGUACAGCGAGGUGUCCGUUAUGAAAAUCGCCAUAGGCUGCGCACUGAUGGUACUGUACGCGGGUAUAGUCCUUCUUCGAUGGAAGGAUCCAGUGCGUUCGCAAGCUGGCGUGGGCAUAGCCGGUGUAAUGCUCAUCUGCGCAACUGUGGCCGCUGGUUUGGGGUUCUGCGCCCUCCUGGGAAUCCCCUUCAACGCAGCCACCACUCAGAUCGUCCCUUUCUUAGCUCUAGGACUCGGUGUUCACGAUAUGUUCCUAUUAACUCAUACUUACGCUGAGCUCUCGGUGAACGAAGUACCCAGUGGAGAACAGACAGGAGUGGUUUUAAAAAGGACUGGCUUAUCUGUCCUUCUAGCAGGAAUCAGCAACGUGUCAGCGUUCUUCGCUGCAGCGAUAAUCCCAAUUCCUGCACUCCGUGUGUUCUGCUUUCAAGCUGGUAUCUUGUUGCUUUUCAAUCUGGCCGCUAUGCUGCUUGUUUUCCCAGCUAUGGUGAGUUUAGACCUGAGAAGACGUCGUUCAGGUCGUUCAGAUAUACUCUGUUGCUGCCUACCAUCGAACGCUGGCAGAAAUAAGUACGCCAAUAGAAUGAGCAAUGGUACCGCGAAGCAAACUGUAACGAGGGCGAUACCACCAGAACGUCGUGAAACCUGCACGCAAAUCCUGACAUCGCAAAACGUGCAGAAUGAAUCCUGGGUCGGUGGAAAUAUCGAAGUGGACUCGGAUAAGCAGUGUAGCGAAGAAGACACCCUAACAGGAUGCAGCCAAGACGACUGUCUCACUUUCUCCUUGACCCAGUUAGCUGCGAAGCAUUAUGCUCCCUUUGUCACCAGACCAGCGACUAAGGUCUUUGGCAUGAUGAUUUUAAUCGCAGUUCUUGUUGGCUGUGUUUGGCAAGCUGUAAGGGUGAACGAUGGUCUAGAGCUGACCGAUCUGGUCCCACAGAAUUCCAAUGAACAUGCUUUCUUAGCUGCCCAGGCAAAGCACUUUGGAUUCUACAAUAUGUAUGCUGUUACCCAGAGGGAAUUCGAGUACCCUAACAAUCAAAGAUUGUUGUAUGAGUAUCAUGAUGCCUUCAUGAGGAUAAAAAAUGUGAUCAAGAACGAUAACGGAGGAUUGCCUGAGUUUUGGUUAAGUUUAUUCAGGGACUGGUUGAAAGGACUGCAAAACGCGUUUGAUAGGGAUUAUAGCAAUGGAUGUAUUACACAGGAAAGGUGGUACAAGAAUGCUAGUGACGAGGCAAUUCUCGCUUACAAAUUGUUGGUACAAACUGGUCACGUAGACAAUCCUAUUGACAAAUCGUUAGUCACUCAAGUCAGGCUAAUCGAUUCUGAAGGGAUCAUCAAUCCAAGAGCGUUUUAUAAUUAUUUGAGUGCAUGGGUGUCAAACGAUGUUUUGGCUUAUGGUGCUUCUCAGGCCAAUUUAAGGCCAGAACCAAGGCAAUGGAUUUAUACUAAUGAUCAUGAAUUAAAGAUUCCAAAGAGCAUGCCUCUGACGUACGCUCAGAUGCCAUUUUAUCUGCAUAAACUUACUGACACGCAAGAAAUUACAGAAUUAAUUGGCAAUGUUAGAAAACUGUGCAAAAAAUUUGAGGAACGAGGACUGCCAAAUUUUCCGUCUGGUAUACCAUUCCUCUUUUGGGAACAAUAUAUGGAUUUAAGAAAUUGUUUGGUUAUUGCUCUGUUAGCUGCUUUAACAGCCAGUGUUGCUGUCGUUGGAGUAUUAUUGUUGAAUUUCUGGGCAGCUUUGUUAGUCGGCACUUCUCUUGCUGCUGUGGUACUACAACUCUUUGGAAUCAUGGGCCUCUGCAAUAUAAAACUGAGCGCUGUUCCUGCUGUUCUGUUGGUCGUCAGCAUUGGAAUUGCUGUGCACUUUACAGUACAUAUUUGUCUGAGUUUUGUUACGAGCAUUGGAAGCAGGGAUCGAAGAAUUCGGUUAGCUCUGGAACACAUGUGCGCACCUGUAAUUCACGGAGCAAUAACAACUUUAAUAGCAGUCGUGAUGUUGGCCUUCUCCGAGUUCGACUUCAUCGUUCGAUAUUUCUUCUUGGUGUUGCUGUGCCUUAUUGGGAUCGGUUUGGUGAAUGGAUUAUUCUUUUUCCCCAUCCUGUUGUCUUUGAUCGGCCCAUCUCCAGAAGUAAUACCCAAUGACCAUCCGGAUCGUAUUUCUACGCCAACUCCACCUGCCUCGCCAAUCGUCAGAAGAUCGAAACCUCCUGCACCCCCCAGGAGAUCGUACAAAAUUGAUAACGCCAGGUUACACGCUGAACCAUCUCUCACUACCAUCACAGAGGAACCCAAUUCGUGGCACAGUACACAGGAGUCUUGUAUUAUUGUUCAGCCAGAGUUGAAGGUUGAAACGACAUCAACUUGUGGCAACCAGAACUGUAGCGGAUCAGAUACAAGUGGGUCUAGUCGAAUGUCACCAGUGACAUCUACGUCUCAUAUCACAACCAAGGUCACUGCGACGGCUAAUAUAAAAGUUGAAGUUCAUACACCGUUAACUAUAGGUACAGUGGAUCGUAGCGAAAAAUGCAGACACACGACUUCCAGUAGCCGAAGGAGCUCGCGCUGCAGUGCGAACGUUAAUGCUGGGGAGUCUUCCGGUUCCGGUUCUGAACCGGAUUCAGACUCUAACCCAAAUAAACACUAAUAAUAAGUACCGGGAAGACCGGCAGCUACUGCUCAAAUACCAUGCAAAGCGGGAACAUACAGAAGGCUGACUAGGAUAGAUUUAUAGUUUCUUUUCUUCUUUCUCUUCUUUAUAUAUCGUAUAGCGAUGUGCGGGUACCCAAAGUUUAAAUAGCAAUGGCUUUAUUCGAGAUAAGUUCGCGUAAUGUUCUCACAUGACACGUUUCACCUCUCUCUUAAUCUUUUGUAAACUAGAUAUACGAAAUAAUUAUUCACUGCCCUUAUUUUAUAUGAAACACCGCGGACGAACAACGUGGAAAGCCAAUGAUCAGAGUUUACCAGGUACUCUCACAUCGUUAAUAACGCAACGUGCUUGUCCUCUUUGAAUUAAAGAACAAAAGUAUUAUGACUCAGAAAUACUGAAUCGAUACACGCAGUGAUACAUUGUAUAUAAAUGUUCGCAAAGAUGCAUUUAUAUUUGUAUCGUACGUCCAAUGCGGGCCAUACGUACGGACAAAAUGUUCGUAAUUCACUUUCAACGCAUUGAACGUGUGAUAAAUUAUUGGGAUGUGUGUGUGUGUGUGUGCGCGCGCGCGAGCGCGUGUGUGGGUACGUGUGUAAAAUGAUAUUUUUAACGAAUCUACUUAGGAGCAUGUCAAAGAAAAUGCUUUACUACACGCUCUGUGGUAUACGACAGUUUCCAUGAAACUAUAAGGAUAUUAUUUUAUGAACUAGAAAAAUUUCAACGUCUGUUCUAUAAUUGUUAAUAAUACGACGAAGAUUGAAGAACUGGAAA